AUGCCAGUAACAAGCACGAGGCUUCUACACACCAUCCUGGUGUUGCUGGGUCGACGCGCACGAAAGCAAUGGUCGCGAAGGAUACAAACAUGGAAGCGAGGGGCGCCAUUUCCUGGUUUGCCGCGAAGAAAAAACGGCAAGUUCGCUGUGGUUUCAGCUCCUCAUAAUAUGGGUGCAUGGUGCGGUGUGACACAAUUUCCGGAGCAGGUGAAGAAUGUGCACGAUCAUGCAUAG